AGACCCGAGGUGAAGGCUUGAAAUCAGUGACAGAGCUUAACCGACAAUAUGGAACUCGCUUUAUUUGCGCGGUAUUUAACAUUUGCGGUAUUUUUGAAGGUAUCCGUGUGUCAGCGUGGCUGUUACUUCUCAACACUGGACAGUUCAAGACUUGAAUCGUGUUUGGACGAAAGCGGUGAAGUCAUCAAAGACUUUUCGACUUUGGAGGCUACGCAUGCCACAAUUUGUAUUUAUAGAAGAUGUAACACCCUACGGCAUGUAGAAUGUGAUGAUGGAAGAUGGAUUUCAGACAAUAAAUUAUUCGAAUUAACUGAUACGGAUUUACCUGUUUGUGUGGAGACGCCAUUGAUGAUGGUGAAACAGAAACGCGUGAAGAGGUUUUGGCGCCGUCGAUCACCACCACCUCCGCCACCACCGCCACCACCCAAUUGUGGACUACCUGGGAAUGUUCGUGGUGCCACUGUGAGCGUCACGUCAACCCAGCAAGGCGGAACAGCAACUUACGCUUGUACUUCCGGGUACCAAUACGCGGGAGGUGAUUUGACCCGCACGUGUCUGUCCUCUGCGCAGUGGAGCGGAGCGGAACCAACAUGCACAUAUAUGGACUCGUGUAGCAGUUUCCCGUGCUUGAAUGGGGGAUCGUGUACAAACAUUCCUGAGAGUUACACUUGCUCUUGUCCUGAAAUUUGGAAAGGCACAAAUUGCGAGCAAGUUGCCUUAGUUUGCGCUCGCAAUCCAUGUGUGAACCACGUGCGCUGUGAAGACGGACCUACAAUUUACACGUGCAUAUGUCAACCUGGUUGGUUUGGUCAGACGUGCGACAUCCCUGUCAGUUGUGGCGAUCCAGGUCCCAUUGAAAAUGCUACUGUGACAGCCCCAGGUUUAACCCUCGGGAACGUCGCUAUAUAUGCAUGCGAUCGUGGAUACAAUGCGACUAAAGGCAGUGAAGAGCGAUUAUGUCAAAGUGACGGCACAUGGAGUGGCGAACCCCUUGUCUGCAAAUUCGCAGAAAGCUGUAACAGUUCCCCAUGCAUGAACAAAGCUACGUGUACAAAUCUCAUAGAAGACUUUAAAUGCGCCUGUGGGUAUGGAUGGGCUGGGAAAACAUGCAAUCUAGACGUUCAACCACCGCAGGUAGCAAAUUGCUCAAAAAGCGUUCGAGUGAAUGCAACAGAAAGAACGCACAAAGUUGCCUGGUUACAACCGGUUUUUAGUGACCCAAUGAACACAGAAUUACAACUCGUCUCCAACUAUGAGAUCCCAAGCUACACGUUUCCCUGGGGCGACUUCACCGUCCAGUACUCGGCCACAAAACUUAGGAACGGGUUAAGGACAGAAUGUGUCUUCAACAUCACCGUGAGACCAACACCAUGCGAGUCGCUUCCUAUACCAAAACACGGAACCAUUCUCUGCAAUAACUGGAGUCCAGAUUACGGUCAGUUUUGCUUGAUUGCCUGCGAGAAGACUUACUCCCCGAGUCCUCCCGGGAGACUGGGAACUUGGAUGAUCUGCGGAGAUGACGGAAGAUGGUCUUCUCAACCUAACGAUUGCGAUUUACACUUGAACAAUGAAAGUUAUAUACUGUCCUAUCACCCGAACUAUGUUGAUUUUAUGUACGAGGGAUGCAACGAUACUCAACGACUGAGGGAUCUAUAUUUGAAUCAUAUGUUGAAACAUCCGGACAUUUCUCUGUUCAGUCGAUUAUAUCCCGGUUACGAGGAAAGUUCGUCGGUACGGAUGUACUGUAACCCAUGAACGUACAUAAUGACAAGUAUGAGAAUGUGCUUAAAACUUUGAAUAUUGACACGUUAUGAAACAUGCAUUUAUAAAUACUAUUAAAGUAUGUUUUAUCGAAAAAGAAGACAAAAUUAAU